AAUAAUAAAAAACUUGUAUUGAGGAGGUAGUCAUGUUUAAAAAUGCAUUAUAAAAAACAUUCACUAAGGAGUAAGCUGUCCAGGACACCUGUGAGCAUGUUAAAUGUGCUUGGACAGCGUGUGUGGUGAACUGUAAUACCACCGCCGGCCAAGAGAUUGCGCUGUUGUCAUGUAAGACGUGAGUUGGAGAUUAAACUGCUUGUGGAUCUGAAGAAGCCGCGGGGCUGCUAGCGCUCGGCAAUACACAACAUCGGUUUAUAACUUUACAAACGUCAUGCUAAAACAAUAAAGCCAGACUUACAUUUAAAAGUAAACCUCUGUGCUUCAGAGCUUCACCAGCGUGAAGGAAAGCGCUUCUCCACCGCACAGUUAAGUACUGGCGCUAAUUAGCUUGGCGGGAGUAACCCCUUAAAACAAUCGUGUCAUAUAAUCCUACUCUUUAAAAUGCCACAACAGUUGGAAGGGUAAGGGGAAAAUUCGGAUACAGCCCAGCACACUAAACAAUCGUGUUUGUAUGUUUACCUGGAUUUCAGGCUGGCUUGUCUGCAAAGCUUCAGGUUGUCUUUGCCUGUGAUGGUCGCUCCACACAACGUCUUGUUGAGGGUCACGUUUAAUGUAAAAUUUGUCCAUAUAUAAACUUUUCUUUUUCUACCUGAAGUAGAAAUUUUUCACCUAUAUCACAGACACAGUUCAUUGAAAUGGCGUCUUCCCAGGCGACUGCAGGACUCAGUGUUCUGAUUGGAUCGCUUUGCAUUUGUUCCCGCCCUCCUCCACCAGCAGUCAUUAUGAUUGGAUGUCGUCUUCGAAGAGCAUUUUCGUUUCGUUUUUAUUUGUUGAGAAAAAAGUCUAUCAAUUUAGUUAAAGUUUUCGUGUCUGGGCAGGAGUUUAUGAUUCGUUUCAUUUUCGUUGGCCAACUAAGGUAGUUGACAAAGACGAUGAUGAAAAUUUUUCGUCAACGAAAUUAACACUGCUUAAAAUAAACAAUUUCUAAUCUAAUCUGAUCAGAUGUCAUCUGAUCUGAUCUACUCUAAUCAAAUCUGAUUUCACUCCAGUCUGAUCUGAUCUAAUUCCAAUCUAAUCUAAUUAAAUCGGAUCUAAUCUAAUCUGAUCUGAUGACCCUGUUUGGGGGAAAUGAGCCUCUGACCAUGUGCCCAGCAAGAUAUGUCACCAGGGGUUGCAUGAGUUUAUGGACACUGGGGUCAAAGAUCUGGGUCUAGGGAUACUCACACAUUUAUUGGAAAAAUAAAACAUCUGACACAAUAGGCCAACAAGGGACUUAGUUUCCUGUUGGCUCUGCUGCUAAGAUGACUUUUAGAACCAAAUUCCAAAGAUCAUAUAAAAAACUUUAAACAAUCAAAAGAAGUCAGGACGUGUAGUUUGUAGAAUAUUCUUUAGAUGCAACUUUUGCUGCCCAGUGGCUGCCAGUCCUCAGUGGGCUGUCACUGUGGGUGAUAAAGCCACAAGAGAGCAAACUUUCAGUUGACGCUACUGUUGAGUGUUGUAUUAUAAAAGGUUUCAUGGACAGCAACAUCUCAAUUUUUUUUUGUGGCUCCUCAGAAGUCUCGUCUCUGGAAAAGCAUAGAUGUCUGUGUUUUUAUUUAAUCAAAAUUAAAGACUCAGUUGUUUUGUAUUUAUUUAUUAGUAAAAGUCACUCUAGACAGUUCAGUAUGUAGGUACCUGUCUCGUAUUUCAACAGAUUAAUGGCAAAUAACACCUCCACAGUUGGAGAGUUUGUGGUGCAGCAGCCCAGGUACCGGCUUAUCAUCGUCCAGGUUUUUGUGAUUGCUUUCUUUCUCAUCAACAUGUUGCUGAUUGUGACAUUCUUUAAAAAAAAGUCUUUUCACACGACCACUCGCUAUCUCCUAUUUGCUCUGAUGCUGCUGUCAGACAGCUUCCUGCUAGUCAUGUCUGAUAUUCUGCUGGUUCUAACAGCUUUUGAGGUGGUCAUGCAAGUUUGGAUGUGUAUUAUUGUGUCUAUUGCCAUGUUCCUGUUCAAUAUGGUAACGCCGAUCACACUCACAGCAAUGACCCUGGAGCGAUAUGUGGCGAUCUGCAUGCCCCUGCGUCACGCAGAGCUGUGCUCCACUCGCAGCACGGUGCACUGCAUCCUCAUCAUUCAUGGAAUCAGCUCCAUUCCCUGCAUUGUCAUUCUUUCUAUGUUUUUUGCAUCUGUUUCUCUCAGCAUUUUCAAGCAAAACAUGGUGUGUUCAACGGAAAUUUUUUUAUUAUACAAGUGGCACCAUGAUCUCAGGUCGGCUGUGAGUCAAUCUUUCUUUUUAAUUAUGUGCAUUGUCAUUGUUUUCUCCUAUUACAAAAUAAUGAGGGUAGCCAAAGCUGCAUCGGGGGAGAAUAAAAAGUCAACAUUGAAAGGCCUGAAAACAGUGAUCCUUCAUGGUUUCCAGCUGCUGCUUUGCCUCAUCCAGCUGUGGUGUUCCUUCAUUGAAACUGCAUCUCUCCAAGUCAGCAUCAGUUUUUUUAUCAGUGUAAGGUAUGCUAACUAUAUAGUAUUUACUCUGGCUCCCAGGUGCUUGAGUCCUCUCAUUUACGGCCUCAGAGAUGAAACCUUUUUUCUUGCUUUAAAAAAGCUUUGGGUGUCUUAAAUGUAUGCAAUAAUCGCUGCACUCUCUUUUUCAGGAUAACUGGAGUUUUAUCAUUUAUUUUAAAAUAUAAAAUCAGAAGCUCUCUGAAUUUAUUUUGGUGCAAAAUAAGAUUGCCGUUUGACUUGUUACUUAAUUGUGGCUGGACUGAUAUUUCAAAGUUAAUAAUUAAAGCACUCAUUCAGCUUCUAUGCUCCACAGAUCUGAAACACUCCCAGAAAGCCUUAGAUCAGCUGAAACACUCAGUGCAUUUAAAGAGUUAAAGGUAAAGACCAACCUGUUCUCAGCUGCCUUCGACUUCUACAUAUUCAAAAGUUUACAUUCACACCCUUCAUCUACACUUGAUUUUAAUUAUGUAUUUUUAUUUUUUUAAAUCUUAUUUCAAUGAUCACACCUUUACUAUUUAUUUUGUUUCUUUUAAUGUUUUAUGUAAUGCACUUUGAAUUGUCUUUGCACAUUAAAUGUCCUAUAGAAUUAAACUUACCUUGCCACUCAAAAACUUUUUAAAACAUUCAAGAUCCUGUGACUUUAUGAAAUGUUAUUACUGCUUCUGUUUUUACCUGAUGCUGCUUAUUCUUGUAUUAACUGAUCCCUGAUUUAACUAUUUAUAUUUAUUUUUGCACUUUUUAUGUGAAAAUAAUCAGUUCAAGAAAGCCAGUUACAGUUUUGAUUCACUUUAUUUAGAAGUUACCAGCAACUUCAUUAACUCAUGAAAAUAUAACAAAUACAACAAUAAAUGUUAAACAUACAUGUUUUUUUUUGCCCUUUUUGUAAUGAUCUGAUGAUUUGGAAAAAGUUAUAUUUCCACUGAAACACUGUUGUUGUUUUCCAGCUGCUGUUUUCCUUCAUUAAUCAAUAAAUAGUUUCUGAAGCAAUGGUGAGUCCUUUUUAAGUGCUUAACAUC